UACCAGAACACGACACGACUGACUUCACCCAAGCACUUCAUUUAAUCUGGGCUGGCGACAGGAAGGAACAAGGCUUUUGUUGACUUUUUGAUUUGGUUUCGUGAUUUUUAUUGUUUUCGUGAUGUCCUGUUCUGAACACAUUGUGCUCAUAGUCUUCUGCGCCCAAGUGGCCAGCUCGUUUUUUGACACCGCUCUCCAAAUGGUUGUCAAAGAGCGAUGUGCCACCAACUCCACAGACCCAGACAGCGAGCAGAAAUCCAUCACCAACUUCUACAUGACCUUCAAUAUGAUCAACAAAUUCAUAACUAUUGUGCCUGCGCUCAUUUUGGCAAAGGUUGGAGACAAAGGUUACAGAAAAGUGCCGAUUAUUGUCCCUCUAGUUGGAUACUUUGUUUCCAGAGCUUUACUUCUGUUGGAUAUUGUACUGGAAUGGCCUCUUAAGGUGUUGUUCGCAGUGCCUGUGAUUCAUGGGCUCUGUGGUGGAUUUUCAUUAUACUGGGCAGGUGUGAUGGCGCUGGUGUCUUUACGCACAAGUGAAGAAAAACGCUCUUUGCACAUCAUGAGAACCGAGCUGGUAUUUGGAAUCGCUGGUUUCAUCGGCAGCUUAGCUUCUGGACACUUAUUUAAUCUUUAUACUGUUGAUCUAAAACACGGAGUACUUUUGUCUGGAUUGAGCGUGCUUCUUUACUUUUUAUGUCUGGUCUAUGCCGUUUUCAUUCUGCGGGUUGGUCAUCUCACAGCGCUCGGAGACGAACUGGAAAGACGCGAGAGUGUCGGGAUCAUAAAUCAAGAUGCCCGCGAUACGAUAAAUAUAGUUUUGCUUUUCGUGGGUGGGAUUUUGUAUGAUAUAGCAGUGGCCGGGGGGGUGGAGAUGCUGGCGGCGUAUGUGCUGAAAGACCCCCUGAAUUGGGGUGCGACAAUGGUGGGUUAUGGAAACGCGGUUGGGUCCAUCCUCUUCAUUACCAGCUUUAUUGGUGUGAAGGUGUUCACAAGAUGUUCUCUUAGAGAUGAGAGUAUGAUCAUGAUCGGGAUGGUGUCAUUUGCAUCUGGGAUUUACUUCAUGGCAUAUGUGACCACAACUCCAAUGUACUUUUUGGCUCGCUCUCUCACACUGUUUGCUCUGAUUCCAAUGCCCACCGUUCGCUCUCUACUCUCCAAACAAGUCAAGGGAACUUCAUAUGGCUUUACCUUUGUCAUGCUCCAGUUGUCUUUCAAAGUUGCAAGCUUGGUCACCACACCCAUCUAUACUAAGAUCUAUCAGAGCACACUGGACACCUUCCCUGGGUUUGUCUUCAUACUGUCCAGCACAUUCACUGUGCUUUCUAUGAUACCCAUCAGCGUUGUAGGUUGUCGCUCAGCAAGACACAGUGGAUACGAGAGAAUUCAAGGGAACUAAAAUCCUCCGAAAAGUAUGUGCGAUUAUGAAAUGGAUAAUAGUUUCGUUUUAUUUUUUGAAGACAUACACUGUAAGAAUAUGUUUUAUUCAGACGUGACAUAAAGAGACUGCAGUAUAUGAAAGGUUAACCUAGUUUUUACCCGUCCAAAUAUGACUACUUCCCUGUUCUAUAAUUUGCAAGUUUUAAGAGGUUUCAUUCUAUCAGUCAUGUUUGUUUUCAUUUCCCCAUAAUUAUCAUAUAAUUAUACCAUCGUUCUAUAUGAAACAUAUCAUGCUUUCUCUUUUUCUCACACACACUUUCGUUCAGAGAGCGAGUGAGAGAGGCCAUUAUACCACACAGAGUUUCUACACCAGGGGGCCGGGCCCAUCAUUUAAAAACAUAAGCAUUAAAACAGGCCAAAACUUUCAAAAAUCUGGAUAUUUAUUAGUGUUUGGUUAUUUUUAUAACAGUAUACAUAUUUCUAGUUAUCUAGAAUAGUUGGUGUACAUUUUGAGUGAGGCAUUUGAGAUCCACAGAUUUAUAUUUUUAAAUAAUGUUUUUUCAUGCUAUGGAGUUAAUGCGAGUUAAUUUAUUAAAGCAAAGACAGAAGAAUGGUUUAAAAGAAUGUAGUACUGUUUGUUGCACUUUGUUUAACAAGUAACAACACAAUCUGUUGACAAAAUGUUUGGUUACAUUUGCUGACAUUAUAUUUUAUUGUAAUAAACUGAAAUGUUUUUAUUGUGUAUAUUGGAUUUAAUAAACAGUUUGUGUUGCAACAGUU